AUGUUCAAGUGUCUUCCGCCACAUAAGUCUUCGACGCGUCUUACAGAGGCGGUAGAUAGGGCGUUGAAUGCUUUUGCACGCCUUUCGAAUGGCUAUCCACACUUGCCAAUGAGUCUUGCGCUUAUGGAGGAUAACUCUGUUUGUGAUAUUUUGCAAUCUGGCAUCGAGACCGCGAAAUUCUUUUUCCACACUUUGUCAGAUUUUGCAGCGUCAUUUCUCAACCGUGUUUUGAGAGGAGAGACUUUGUCUCUUUCGAUGCGAGAGAAAGCCGAAGUUAAGGCCUACAACAGGCAGUUUCCAACUAAAGAAGCAUUCUUGGAAUUUCGGGCCGGUUUUGGUAUGCCACUGGUCAGCUUCAUUGGUUACAACUUCACCCCUUGUAUGGAGAGACCGGAACGCUUGAACCAAUACGCAGAAAAUGUUGCAAACCCCACCCUUUCGCCAAUGCUACUUGAACUCCGCAAUUUGUAUCUUCGAUACGGUUUGACCUGCUCCCGCAAGCAAGACCACGUAAGUAUUUUGGUGAUCACCGAAUAUCGCGCUCUUGCUGCACGGAAUGAAGAUCAAAAAAAGGAGAUCGAGCAAGACUACCGCCACAAACAUGCUGCAUAUAUGAUAGAGGUCGUAAGAUUGCUAAAGAAAGGAUGCCAAUAUUUUUCGACUUCUAGCGAGUACCAGUUGAGGCUGGUGGAUAACAACCAAUUUGGACAACUUCCCAUUACCACGAAAACAAAUGGAAAACAUAUUAAAGGUAAAAAACUCGAACUUUUAGAAGAAAGGCAAAUAGACAAGAUUAAAGCUAAUAAAGCUAUGAAUGACAUCCGCUUGCAGGCAGCAAAUGUCAGUAACGAUAGAGAUCCAGAUUCAAAGUUCGAAACUGUUUUCCAUCGAAGAAAAUGGCAAGUGCGUUUGGCAGAAAGGUUGCUUCAUUGCUGCUCUAGCAAGGAAGCUGACAGACGUUUUACCAUUCUGAGAGAUCAGCAGAAAGUGUCGUCAUGCAUUGUGACUCAAAACAGCGAUUACAGAGAGUUGAUCGAGGGCGAUCUUCCGAUUUCAGUACAGGGCAAGACUGUCGCUGUGCGUCCAAAGAAUGAGGAGGAAAUCACAGUUCCGGUGUCACCGCAGACAAGAAAGCACUUAGAACAAAAUAAAGGGAAGAAAGAAUUUUAUUUUAACAAGCUUGUAUUCGGCUCUUCCUGCCCUUUGUGGGAUGGUACUAGCUUCUCAGCAGAGGUAAGCGCCCCUCUCAAAGGAGUGGGCAUGUCGCUAUAUUCCACUACUUUGAAUACAUGGGUUCCAAUAUCAGCGAAUUUUCGCUUUAGAGAGGUCGUCUCGCGUUUCACUGUAUUUGCUGGCCAAGCAGCCAUUAUCGCAAGACAAUCGCGCACGUUUGACAACGACCAUAAAGCUCCAAACCAUACUUCCGAGGCUAAAUCAGACGAUGAAGAAGAUGUUCCAGAAUGCCAAAUUUCCAAAAGAACUUUACCCUUAAAAGGAUAA